AAACCAACAAAUUAAACAAGUACACAUAUAUUUCUUGUGGCUGUCCAGAGAACAAAGUUGAGAGCAGACAUAUAAUGAAGAAGGCUCCUUGGGUUCACGUAUUGAUACUUGUGGCUUGUCUCUAUCCUGCUUUGGUGCAAUGCAUUGUUCGACACUACAAGUUCAACGUGGUGCUGAAGAACGCCACAAGAUUAUGCUCAAGCAAGCCAAUUGUUACUGUCAAUGGAAGGUUCCCGGGUCCAACCAUUUAUGCCAGGGAGGACGACACCGUACUUGUUAAGGUGGUCAACCACGUCAAGUACAAUGUCAGCAUCCAUUGGCAUGGGAUCAGACAGCUUAGGACGGGUUGGGCCGAUGGGCCAGCAUACAUAACGCAAUGCCCAAUUCAACCUGGUCAACAAUAUAUGUACAAUUUCACUAUUACAGGGCAAAGAGGCACCCUUUGGUGGCAUGCACACAUCCUCUGGCUCAGAGUCACUGUUCAUGGCGCUUUGGUCAUCUUGCCCAAACGUGGUGUGCCUUACCCUUUUCCUACUCCUGAUAAGGAAGAGGUUGUUGUUCUAGGUGAAUGGUGGAAAUCAGAUGUGGAAGCAGUGAUCAAUGAAGCUUUGAAAUCUGGCUUAGCUCCAAAUGUCUCUGAUGCUCAUACAAUCAAUGGAUAUCCAGGUCCCGUCUCAACAUGCUCUUCGGAAGGAGGAUACACGUUAGCAGUAAACCCCGGCAAAACAUACUUGCUGAGAAUUAUCAAUGCUGCGCUCAAUGAGGAGCUCUUCUUCAAGAUUGCAGGCCACCAAUUCACCGUCGUUGAGGUUGACGCCGUCUACACAAAACCCUUAAAGACUAACACAAUUCUCAUAGCCCCUGGACAGACCACAAAUGUUCUCGUGACCACUGGCCGAGGAAGUGGCAAGUACAUGGUUGUAGCCUCACCUUUCAUGGACGCCCCCCUUCUUGUGGACAACGUGACUGCCACAGCUACUUUACAUUAUGCAGGCACAUUCAGAAAAGCCCCAACAAUUCUCACUUCCACACCUCCCAAAAACGCCACAUCCUUAGCCACAAACUACGUAAAAUCCCUCAGAAGCCUAAAUUCAAACACAUACCCUGCAAAAGUCCCAUUGAAAAUUGACCAUUCCCUGUUCUUCACCGUUGGCCUAGGCACCAACCCUUGUGCUACCUGUGUCAAUGGAACCCGAGUUGUGGCAGAUAUUAACAAUGUCACGUUUGUGAUGCCCAAGGUUUCUCUACUUCAAGCUCAUUUCUUCAACAUAAGCGGAGUUUUCACCGAUGAUUUCCCCGCAAAUCCCUUAAUACCAUACAACUAUACAGGGACACAGCCAACGAAUUUUCGGACCAGACGAGGGACUAAGCUUUAUAGACUUGCUUACAACUCUACAGUACAAGUCGUCCUACAAGACACUGGGAUGAUUGCUGCUGAAAACCAUCCAUUGCAUUUGCAUGGGUUUAAUUUCUUUGAGGUUGGGAGGGGAUUAGGAAAUUUCAACCCAAAGAAAGAUCCAAAGAAUUUCAAUCUCAUUGACCCUGUUGAGAGGAACACAGCAGGAGUGCCUUCUGGGGGUUGGACUGCUAUCAGAUUCAGAGCUGAUAAUCCAGGGGUUUGGUUCAUGCAUUGCCAUCUGGAGGUGCACACAACUUGGGGACUUAAAAUGGCAUUUGUUGUGGAUAAUGGAAAAGGCCCAAAUGAAUCUAUUCUACCACCUCCAAGUGAUCUUCCAAAGUGUUAGUAGCCCAAAAAAAAAAAAAAAAAAAAAAAAAAAAAAAAAAAAAACUUCAUUACUCAAAAUCAAGUCUGAAGUUGUUUUUGCAUCAGAGGAAUGGAAAUUGAAAUGCUUAAGUAGAAAGAAGAGGAAGCAUUAUUGGUCGAAGCCAAUUAAUAAAGUGGAGAGUUCUUUUGGAGCAAAGCUUAAAAAAACAGGAAGCUGCUCAGAGUUUAAUAAAAGAAACUGUACUGCCAAUUUGCCAUAGGCUACAAUUUUAUGCAUUUAUUAUGCCUGUCAAAUACAAUACUGAAAUUAACCAAUAUUUGUUUCUUUUUGGCAAAUAAAUUUGCUUUAAUAAACUGUAAUUUUGGAAUUUCCCAAUCGAAAAGCUUUAUCUUGUUUGAGUGUUGUAAAA